AUGAACGUAAAUGCCACAGCCGAUGACUUUGCAGAUUUUGAUAUUCUUUCUCAAUCUGCCGAUGAAAAUGAGGAACAAGAAACCUCAACACUCAAAUUGACGACCAACCAAGAAACCUCACAACAAGCUCAAGUCGUAGAUGAAGAAGAUGAAGGUAAUCUUUCCGACAACAGUGUUGAGAGUGAUGGUUAUUCCAUUCUCCGUGAUGAUUCUGUAAAUGAUUUAUUGAAAGAGAUUGAUUCACUUCAUCAACAACCCAUUGGAUCUACAAAGAGUAACGAUAGCAAAUCUCCGAAACCAAUACUGAAGAAAGCAAACCUUCCUCAAUCCGUAAAACAUGUAAAUUUUCCUUCCUCAACAACUCCUCCUCCACCUUCUAAUAAUCUGCCUGAGAACAAGAAUCAUCAAAACAAGGAAAAUAAGGUUGAGAUGAAAAACUCAGCCAUGAUGGUAACAGCAACUGCCGUGAAGAGCAAGUCCAAAUCAUUGGAUGCUCCACCUGGCAUGUCUAUCGAGAAUCAAAAACAAAUUGAAAAGUUACUCAACGAAAAUUGUGAUUUAAAGUUGGAACUCACUGCCUUAAAACGAGAGUUGCAGGCAACCAAGAAACAACAAAAGAAAGCACACAAGCAUUACAAGAAGGUUGAGAGUGACUACCAAACCAUGAAACAAAAUCAAUCUGUUUUAAUGGAGAAGCUCGAGGAAAAGACAUCCCUUAUUUCUCAAUUCAAGAAACAAACACAAAAGCAAAAGAGUGAAGAAAAGUUUGUUGAAGAAGCUAAAAAGUUGAAAAACUCCAUCCAAGAAGCAUCGAGUGUAUCUGUGCUUCAUGCGAACUAUCGAAACAAAACCUGGGAUGAAUGUACUCUCGAAUCCAACUCUCAACUCUCUCAAAUCUCUUGUGAAUUAACAGAGAAUCAGACAGAUCUGGCCGAUACUGAACUCAAAACAUUCACUUUGGAACUCAUUAAGGAACUGGUUGAGAUGCAGAUGACUGUGAAUGAUUUGAAGAACAAUAUUGUAGAACUGGGUAUAAAGAAGGAACAGGAUUUCAGAGAGUGGUAUGCAACCAAUUUAAAGUUACAUCAGGCCAUUCAACAGGUCACACACAACAAACAAGGCAACAAACCCAUGAGCAAGCAAUCUAGGAAAAAGUAA